GUGAAUGAUUUUUGCAUGCGGCAGCAGAAAGACAAGAAGCCUAAGAGGUCAACUUGGAAGUUUAAUUUGGACCUUACUCAUCCAGUAGAAGAUGGAAUAUUUGAUUCUGGAAAUUUUGAACAAUUUCUUCGGGAGAAGGUUAAAGUCAAUGGAAAAACCGGUAAUCUUGGAAAUGUUGUUCACAUUGAACGCUUCAAAAAUAAAAUCACAGUUGUUUCUGAAAAACAGUUCUCUAAAAGGUAUUUGAAAUACCUUACCAAGAAGUACCUUAAGAAGAAUAAUCUUCGUGAUUGGCUUCGUGUGGUUGCAUCUGACAAGGAGACUUACGAACUUCGUUAUUUCCAGAUUAGUCAAGAUGAAGAUGGAUCUGAAUCUGAGGACUAGUUUGGUCUCUUCUUCAGGGAGACAAAUAGGCUUAUUUUUAUCAGUGAAUAAAAACAGUGUACUCUUAAACUUGUUCUUUUAUUUAAGAGAUAGUAUUUGAUUUUGAUUUUCGUUUGAUGAGUUCUGUAGCAAUAUUUUAGA